UCACACUUUUCUACCCGCAUUCGUAGUGUAUAUGUGGGGCCUGCUUGGCAUAAUUACAGAAAUUUACGCAUUACUUUGUGCGAGUCUCGGGUGUCGAGUUAAGCCUCAGCCGUGCAUGCCCAGUCAUCAGCGUUCCGCGAGUCCAGCGAAGAGAUUCUUUAUUCCCCCUGCCUGAAAGUGUCACCACCGCCAAGACGUACGUGCGAAAAAUGUUUUGGGACAAGGGUUAUGCGCCCUCCGCGAAUAUAGAGGCGCUGCUCGAGAAGGAGACCUCCACUGUGGAGGAAUUCCUCGAUGAGGAGGAUAUACUGCAGGAGUGUAAGACGCAAAAAAAGAACCUGGUUAACUACUUUACACGCCCCGAGGUAAUCCGACGCCUAGUGGAGCUGAUCACGACCGAGCCCUCUGAAGAUGUGCCCAUGUCGCAGCGAUUUCGAUACGCCAACAUGUCCUGUGAGAUACUCACACUCGGCCUGCCGUCCCUAGAUGAGAAGCUACUGACCGACGCGGGAACGCUUCAGAUGCUGUAUUCAUAUCUGGAAAAGGAACCACCGUUAAAUCCAUUGCUAUCGUCGUUUUUUAGCAAAACCUUUAGCAUGCUCUUUACCAAAAAGCCUGAACAAGAUUGGUUUUUGUAUCAACACAUGUGCCUACAACUCCUGGAGUAUAUUAAAUCGCAGAAGACCUUUUUGGAUUUCAUUUGUAAACACUUUGACACACCAGUCAUACCUGAUUUAAUAAUGCAGAUGAUGAAGCACAUCGAGGGUGGUCAACUCAAGCGAAACCUUUUUGAAUGGCUAACUGAAGAUAAAAUUGUUGAGAGACUGAUUGCAAUAUUGCGUAAUCCUCAAGAAACCGACAAACAUGCAAAUGUUGCCGACUUUUUCUGUGAUCUUAUUAACCAAGGGCGCUUGAUGCGCCAAACCGAGCAAGAGAACGAUUCGUUUGAGCCGGCCUUCGAUGGCUCUAACCCCAUACUGAAGACGAUUGAAUCUGCGGACACAAUUGAAGCCUUGUUAAAUGUGAUUUUGGAACCAAACGCUCAGGAGAGCGCCAUCUUGUCAGGAAUAUCGGUUGUACUUACGCUUAUCAAGCCAAUUACCUUCACGGAUGAGCCCAACUCAGAUCGCCAAAGGCUGUUGCAAAAGCGCGAGCGCGAAUUCCAUCAGGAAGUGCAGGAGACUGUGAUCACUGUAAUGGCUCCACGCCUUCAAGAAUUUGUUCACGUUUUAAAGAACCCGCCUGCGAAACCCACACUGGAAACCACGGCCGCCGUGUUGACGCCCCCUUUCGGUAAGACCCGAUUGCAAGUUUGCCGCGUGUUUACCGCUCUGCUGGAGACUAAACAUGAGACCAUUCAGCAGGCAAUCUGCGCAACCGAGUAUUUCAGUCUUUUGCUCGAGUUUUUCAAGCAGUACUGUUGGAACAACUUCCUGCACACCGAAAUGGAGAAGGCCAUGCAUGUAGUCUUCUACAACGAGCUUUCUAAUAAUAACACGGCAUCCACAGAGGUCACGGACUUCUUUACUGCUGACUGCCUGAUCAAUGCCUUUCUGAAAGUUGGAACCGAAGAGUCCGAGGUGGAGAUGAAGAAUGCUCUGAACGAUGCGAAGCGAGCGGAGGGUGGCAAGGAGGAUGAAGGGGCCGACAUUGAAAUAGAAGUGGCAGCUGCGCAGGAUGCGGCUGCGCAGGCGCAGGAUCAGAAACAGUUGGUUGCCGAAGAACUGCUGGCUGAUCAAGUGGAAUUCGCGACCGAAGCAACUAGUGAAGGAACAGAACCCAAACCGCAGGAAAAUCAUGUGGGGAAUAGUGAGGUUGAUGGUGAAUCUCCAGCAGAUCAGAAUGAAACGGAGCCAACUCUCAAUGAUCUCGACAAGACCAAGACCGUGCCCAGCGCUCCGCCCUCCGAAAUGCAAAACCAUUUGAUUGUAAAUUGUCACUUGAUAUCCAAAUUGGUUGACUUUUGGCAGCACAAUGCGCAGGCGCAAUCUGCUGAGAAGGGUCGACGUCUGGGCUAUAUGGGCCACCUUAUCAAAAUUCUGCGGCACAUUACGAAUUGUAUAUCAGAAUCUGAACAUAUCGCUGACCUAAUCACGACCAGCAUAAGUGACGAAGCCGAGCUGAAGCUCUGGCAAUCGCUGAUCGAUGCGGAUACUGGCGAGUUUACGUUGGCGGUCAAACAGCAGACCAAGCUGCUAGCUGAUUGCAAUCCGCACGAGGAGAAUGAGUACAACGUGGGUGCAAAGGACUAUCUGGGCGAGACAAAUGCCUGGGACAUCGGAACCCUGUCGUACAGUAAUAUGGGAUACAGUGAUCUGGAUAACACGUUGCAGGACAUUGUCUUCACCAUGGACAACGAUCAGAAUCUGUUUCAGUUUGGUCGAAACAUCGACGACGAGGAUGAUGACGAUGAUGAGCAUGGCGACCAUUCGGGCGGAGGCGACGGCCAUGGGCACGGCAUGUUCACUAAGAAUUCGAUCACGCUAAACAAUUUGGCGGAUCCCUGGGACAUGGACGUCCAGUUUUCGGACAUUCCUAGCGUGUCUGCUCAGGUUAACACGGGCACAGCCAACUGGGGCACGGAUUUCAAUGCUGACAAUUUUGCCGACUUUGAUGCACACUUCAGUACUUUCGGCAGCGAUCUGGGUAUGCCCACAACUGCCCCGCCAGGUGAUGAGGAAGAUGAGGACUCUCCUCUAGCUCCUGCAUCUGCAACUGAAGUGGAUCCAAAUGAGGAGCGUACACAUGGUGAAUCUAUUGAACCAGCUUUGGGCAAAUGUAUCCAGGAUAAUAAAGCUUGCAGUGAUGCUCAGCAGGCUGAGUACGACAAUAAUGCCAAUGUGGAGAAGGCCAUAAGCGAUAAACUGGCCGAGUCGAGCGUCGUGGAGACCGCAUCGAUUGUUACCCGCCUGCAGUCUGUGCUGCUGGACGGCGAGGAAGACUAUGAGGACGAUGAGGGCAUGUGGACCAAGCCCCUGGGGGCGGAUCGUCCUACGGAGAUUGAGCAGACAACUCCCAUUUCAAAUGGACCAACCAACAAAAUUAAUGAAUUCAAUCAUGCCAACGACAACAGUAGCAGCAACGUGGAUGGCCACGAAGCCAACAUCACAGCAGAGCAGCAGAAAUUGGCCGCCGGCGCCAAGACGAACAAUGUCGAAAUUGCAACAACGACCACAUAAAUGCACUUUCACCACAACAUACAUCAUCCAAUCGCAAUCGCAAUCGCAAUUGUAUGGCAUAUAAUGUGUCGACGAAAAACUGUAAAAAUGCCUUUGAUUUGCUCUUUGGACAUUCUUAUACAUAAUCAUGCAUACAUAUUUAUAUAAAUAUAUACCAUAUACUACUACUAUACGUACAUAUAAAACAGGCUGCAUAGUACAACAAACGAUUUGUGUAUUAGCAAAAGGCCGAAGCCCGCCCAAAACCAAAAUGAAAAUUAACUAAAAACAAACAAAAAAAAAAACGACAAAAAAAUGUUCAAAGUGAAAAGUAUGUUGUUGAUUCUUUCUGCUCCUCGCUCGUAUUGCCAAUUAUUUUAAUUAUUACUCUUCCUUCAUGUUUCCUAAUUAAGUAAACUGUAUUUCGUUUGUAAUUUGUAUAAGUCUGUCGAUUUAGUAAGCUUUUACUUUCAAUACUCUCAAUGUGUUAGGCAAUCUAUGAGCAUUACUUAAAGUACCAAAAUUCACGCCACAUCUUAGAAUGCUUAGUUUAUAUUCAUAUUGUAUUUGUUUUAGCUCGAUCACAUGAGGAUUAUCUACGUAUUCAUAUGAUAUAUAUAUAUAUAUAUAUAUUUACACACACACACACAUUUGAGGGCUGUCCCUAAGUUACGUUAUUGCAUUUUAACCCAUUUUCGUCCUACUUUUUCGUUGGGAAUCCCCUCCAAUAUAAUCAGCGAUGACGUAAUAUGUGGACAACCCCGCAACCUAUACUUGUAUUGUUAAAUUGGAGACUUGUAUUUAUUGUAUGUAUUUUGAAAAACGAAAUCAAAAGCAAUGCCAAAAUAGAAACACGUUUAACACCACAUACGAACAUAACCACAUGCUGGAAGCACAAAAGUACGCAUUAUGUAUUAGAGAGGUAUAUUAUAUACUGUCUUUUGCCAUUAUUACCUUGUUUGUAUACAAAUCGGUUUAACCAAAAAAUAUUCUUUGUCGAAAGUACAAAACACUGAAAGAAACCACAAAAAAAGAAGGAUAAUAAUACCAUUACGAAAGGACAACAACCGGCAUUUGUCAUCACACGAAUGAUGUAUACACCCCCGAUCUACACUGUAACACUACCUAUGACUAUAUACGAUUAAUAGAACCAAAACGAGAAACAAAAAAUUCAAAUGAAGACUUUCCAAGAAGACAUUUUAAAUUUACAUAUACAUUUUUUUGUUUAUAUGUUUCUAUUUUCUCUGUUCAAGUUAUUGCUAAAAAAGAAAAUGUUUGUCUUUUAAGCGUGCAAGAAACCACGAAGAAAACGCUGAAAAAAAUGAAAAUAUAGAGAAGAAGUUAAACAAAUAUGCCAUCUUUUGCUUCCAAAUAAUUACGUUUUAAUUAUGAUUAAAAAUAAAAGAGAAACUACUUUUAAAGUGAAAUUGAUGUUUGUUUUACGCGAGACGAUUUGCUCACCAAAAACAAAAAUUAAAACAUAAAAAACAAACAAAAAUCUAGACAAGUAGAUUAUAUUCUAGGAUUAUCCACAAAGAAAAGCGGGCAGCAUAUCAGGCACAGAUGUGUGGAAAAUAAAUAAUAAACAACACCUCUUCCCACACAUCCCAAGCAAAAAAAAAAAAAUAAAAGUAAAGCCCUUGUUUGCUUAUUACUUUAGAAUGUUUAAUUAUAGGACACAAUUUUGCACAAAUUUCAACACGUUUGCUUCUUAUUUUGCAUACUGUAGCAACACAAAUUAUAUAAACGAACAACCAAGUAAAUUAAUUAAACAAGAAAACAAAACAGCAGAAGUAAGAAAUAAAAACAAGAAUAUUCAAACGUUUAAACUAUCUCUGAUGAAAAACUGUGAUAAUUAAAUGAAGUUGCAGGGUAUUUGAUAAAGCAAACUUAAUUUAAACAAAUUGUAAAACAUCAACUAAUGGCCUAAACCAUUUGGAAAAUACAAAACACAGCCAACACGAGACACUCUGAACAAGUUAAUUGAUACGAUUCUUUAGCAUCACAAUCAGCAGGACACCUCGACAACCAAACAGCAAUAACUACUGCAAUGAAGUCUAAUUGAAGGAGUUUUAAUGUGUAGUCUUUAACAGUGCGAAAGUAUCUCUAAGUUCGAGCUAGUAAGGAUAGACAUGGAUCGCAUCUCUUAGUUCCCUAGCUUCUCACCAACUAAGCACUAAACUAAAAGUAUAACUUAAAUACUCAUAUCAAGCAGCCAAUUGUAAACCUUGUACUGUACAUACAAUUGUCCCCAGUAUUGUCUUCCCCCCUAGUUAUGUGUCUUUUCGUUUCUAUCAACUAACUUAGUAUCCAAAAAGUAUCCAACGAUAAGUGACGAUGAUCCUUCCCUUGUGCAUAUGCCUUACUAAGAACUAUAAAACCAAAACAAAAAUAAAUCACUCACACGCAUAGAAACCCCGAUAUAGAGAGAGUAGAGUCCGUAAUCCUAGAGAUAGUUUCACCUACAUACUGUGUGUCUUUUAAAUGUUAAGCAGCUGCAGCAAGCUUAAUAUAUAUAUAUAUACGAAUACUAAUAAUAAAUGAAAAAACCAAAACGAGAUCGUAAUUAUAAUACCUAAAAAACGAUGUAGACAAAGUCUUGUGGGCAGCUUUAAGCAUUUUGUUUGUCUAAUUAUAAUAUGAACUUGAAUAAGAAUACCAAACGUCCAAAGUUUUUUGCAAACAAGAACUAAGAACAAUUGUGAACAAGAAAGUCUUCAGAAAUGUUUUGAUCACCUCGAUGCGAAACGGAAACAGAAUUAUACACACAUAAGUACAUGCAUGCCUAUAUACAGAGAUACAUUAAAUUAAUUAAUUGAUUCAAUUAAUUAUCGAAAACAUCUUGAUGGAAUGAAGUUGUAGAAUAUUUUGUGACGUGUGCAUUAGGUGUUAAGUGAGGUUGUAAUUUUCGUGGCGCAAUUAAUUGAGACAAAACUGAAGCGGGAAUAAUGUUGAAGAUGAAAAUGCUAUUUUUUAAGAAUCGUAACGUACAUUAUUUUGUCUGUGUGUGUUCAAGCAAUUCAGUAUUUCAAUUAAGCCAAUUCAAUGAAUAACCCCCAAAAAAAACAAUGCUACAAUGGUUUCCAAUUGCAAACCACAAGAAAAGAUAUAGAACAGAUGAAUUCAAUAUAAUCAAUCGAAGGUCUAAUUCUCUAACUCUUUAAUAAAGAACCAGCGGGAACAACAACGAUGAAGAAGCAACUGUAAUACAACAAAGAAUAAAACAAAAAAAAUGAAUAACUUAAACUUCUUACAGUAAAUAUAUAUAUUUGAAAAUAGAAAAAACUUAAAAAAAAAAAAAUGAAACGAAAAAAAAAAUGAAAUUGUUAACAUAAUGGAUAUUUUGUUAAAUGCGAAACUUUGAACGAAUUACUAACCACAUUAGCAAAUAGUUAAUGGAAACCGAACCCAAGUGUGCUUCAUGUAUGAAUUUAUGUUAGAUAUUUACAACAAUACGCGUAUACAUAUUCCUAACUAAACCAAGCGAAAGAAAGAAAAGCCACAUACAGAAUUUGCAUAUUACUCUUAACGAUUAACAACUAUUGGUGUCUAUGCAUAUACACAUAAUUAUUAACGAACUAUACUAUAUAUAUUACCUUUGUAUAUGUAAGCCGAGUACAGACUUUUGAGAACUGCGAAACGUAUCGUGAAAUAUCCAAAACAGACAUAUUUGUCAUACUUUGCUAUAGAGCAUAUAUAUAGAUACGUUAAGUGCUCAAGGUGAUAGCUGCACACUAGGGUGGACCAUAGUUUUAUUUAUGGUUUAAGACUUGCACUAUGCUUAAACUGACAAGAUAUGGUUUCAACACGGAUCCCUAAUACGUAAUGUUGCCAGGAGUCCAUGUCGUAUGAGUAAUUUUUGUGGUACUUUGCUAAAUUCAUUUCAUUUUUCUAAGAACUUUAAAUUCCUUAGUUUAACCACCAUUAGCCAAAUACCAAUCUGAAUAAUUGAGACUUUUUGUAACCGAAAUAAUGUACAAGUAAAUGUUUACAAAUAUUUAUGAUAUUUAAAGUACACACUAGAUUAAUUUAUAAAAAACCAUUAAAGAGAGCUUUAAAACGAUUAAAAUGGUGACACUUUUGUACUUCUAGAAAAACCUAUUUUUGGCCAAAUAUUUUACUAAUAUAUGAAUUGGUUUUGGCAGAAUUCAAUGAUUGUUAGCUUGCACCAAGAGUUAUUAUUUCUGGUCCACCCUACUGCACACCCACAAAAAAAAAAAAAUAAAAAACACGUACAGAAAGACACCCAAAAACACAUACUCGCCGCUUUGCUUGCCACAUUGUUUUGGUCGAAACUCCGAGGGAAUAUUUUAAAGCGAAUUACUAACUAACCCCAAAGGGACACUCUGGAAUCGCGAUUUCUUGAGUAAGUGCCUUAAACUGACAGAGAGAGAUAGUAAUGGAGAGUGGAAUGGAAGAUGUAGAAGGGAAAGGUUUUGAGGACUCCGCGACCAGAUCCAAAAGUUAAAAUAAUUCUUUUUGGUACAUUUUUCUUAGGGAGAAGGAGAGACAGACCUUUGUUCAAAACUCUACUAAGUGUUAGCCAACCCCGGCAAACCAACUAAAUGUAGUUCCAGAAAUCAAGCAAACAGAAUAGUUAACUCUAUGCUCCGAUCUAUACUAACUAUACCUUUUACCGUCGCAUUUCUACACAGGCAUAUAGAAGUAAUUGUACGAUUAACUAUGAAUUAAAAUCUUGUAUUUGUGAGUGUUUUUGUGGCCCGUCAACGUUUUGCUCAACAACGCACACUCACACAAAUAUAAACUAAGAGAGAAUAAAAAAAAGAAAGAAAAUUACAAAAAAAAAUGAUACACUGAGAGAAAGACACCCACACACAGAACACACACUUACACCCGCUUUACCCAAGUUGAAGACAAUUUGUGAUUGUUUUGCAUGUACCCUAAAGUUAAGCGAGUUUACACGAAUAUGGAUUAAGCCGCAGGAAGCGGAAGCGGAAGCGGAAGCGUAAACUGUACGAGUAAUAGCAUUAAUUGUCUAACAAUAAGAUUUGUGCAUUAUACGAUAGAAAUUCACUUUGAAUUCGUAUUGAAAUUUAUCAAUAAAGCGAUACUAUUUGAUUCUUAA